AUGGGCCGUUCAAGGAAUCUCAACGUCUAUAGCGGUCCUGAUUCCGUAAAGACCUACUUCGACCCAGAAUGUCAACCUCCCCUGCCCCUCGUCGAGAUACCCGAGUCUCUGAACCCUUACCGCGGUGAUGGUGUCCGCGUCUAUGCUAAGAUGAUGUCUAUGCACCCGGCCACCAAUGUCAAGGUGAUGCCAGCAAUGAACCUUCUCGAAAAGGGUGUCGAGCAGGGAAAGACCAAGACCAUUGUCGAGAGCAGCUCCGGCUCAACCGUCAUCUCCAUGGCCAUGGUGGCCAGGGCCUUUCACGGUAUCGACGACGUCCACGCCUACCUGAGCAACAAGACGAGCGAGACCAAGAUUCGUCUCAUGCAAUUCUUUGGCCUGAAAGUCUCCCUCUUUGGUGGCCCGGCCCAGCCCGCUCCCAUCGACGAGCGCGGUGGCAUAUGUGCUGCUAGUCGCAGGGCGCGCGAAUCAGAAUCAGUCUGCAGCCCUAACCAGUACCGGAAUGGCGAUAAUUGGAAAUCCCACGCGCGAUGGACAGGACCUCAGAUCUACGAGCAACUGCCCGAGAUCGACGUCAUCGCCGCAUCCAUGGGCACCACGGGCACAAUGACUGGCUUGGGAACCUAUUUCAAGUCGGUCAAGCCGUCCGUGUACCGACUUGCCGUCUGCACAAAUGAAGGCGAACGUGUCCCCGGCCCUAGAGAGUACUCCCUCAUGGACACGGUCCGUUUCCCUUACAAGGACGCCAUCGACGGCCUCGAGGAGGUCGGUGCCACCGACUCCUUCUCCAUGUCCCUCGACCUCACUCGCCAGGGCAUCGUCUGCGGUCCCUCUUCGGGAUUCACCCUCAGCGGCCUCCUUCAGAUGAUCGGGAAGAGGAAGCAGGAGGGCACCUUGUCGAAGCUGGCAGGUCCAGACGGAGAGAUCAACUGCGUCUUCAUCUGCUCUGAUCUCCCCUACCAGUACAUUGACGAGUACUUUGACAGGUUGGGCCCGGAGAAGUUUGCCCCCGUUCGCAACGAGCAACUCCGCAACUUUGACAAGUACCCCUACCACGACGCCUGGGAGUGCCCCGCCUCGUCUGCCCUGAGCUCCUUCUUUACCGUCCAUCCGAUCCCCCACCAGGCCUCGUCGACUCUGUCGCUGGCCACGGCCAGCGGUUCAGAGCUCUCCUGCGCGCUGGUAGCCCGCCCCAACUCGCAGGUCCUCGACUUCCGCCGCGCCUCCGAUUUCGAGGCCUUCCACCUGCCCAACUCGGUCAACAUGCCCCUCGAGGCCCUGCGUGAGGGAGCCGUCCGGGGCAGCCCCUUCUCCGACCCAGUGGGCGACGUUUCCAUGCUGCAGGAGGUGUGGACGGAGCUGGAGUCGCUCUUCACCACGACGGCGCGCAACCCGGCCGCCGGCGCGCUCAUGGCCAUCCUCCGCGGCAAGAAGGUGCUCACGCUGUGCUACGAUGGUGACUGCGCCCGCGUGGCCAACAGUGUUCUCCGUGCCAAGGGCGUGCACUCGGAGAGCGUUCUGGGUGGGUACGGCGCCCUCGCUGGCGUGCAGCUGCCUUGCAUGGGUGGUGCUACUGGUAAUUCGAGCACCGUCGACCCCGUUGGUGCAUGA